UUUUGGUGGCCACCACACCGACGGCACUCUUGGUUUGGUUGGUGCGGCCGGCCGAUGCUCGUUCGACGCCCGCCUCCUCGCGCCCUGACGGCGUCUCUGCUCCGGCGGGCACAGCGCGGCUACACCGCCGCCGACGUCGAGGUGGCAAGAAAGGCCAUCGCAGCACGCCGGCCCCAGCCAGAAGCAACCGACAGCACUCGAGUGCUCUACUCGCCGCGCGUGCGGCGGACCUUUGCCGAUAUAGUCACCGGCCGCUGGCGCGGCCACCCAAUCGACCUCAACCACUCGCACGAGGACUGGGCGCGCCGCGAGUCGUCCGACCGCCACAUCCGGCACGUCCUCACCACGUUCCGAUCAGCCACAUUCCGGCGGCUCCUGUAUCCUGACCUGGCUGUGACGACCUCCAUCUCGGCCUCGGUCGUGCUGCACAAUCUGCUUGUGGCGUGGGAGCACGAGCACACCAUGACGGUGGAGUCGAUCGAGCGGCAUGGCUUCGACCUGCUGCUGCACCACGAGAUGAUCACGCUGCCGGUGGAGCCGUUCACCAUGCUCUCCGUCGCGCUCGGCCUGGUCCUCUCGGUCCGCACCAACCGCGCCUACGAGCGCUUCAUCGAGGCGCGCGUGCUGCUCGGCUCGAUGACCAACGUCUGCCGCGACCUCGCCUCUCGCUUCAUGGCGCGCGAGGGCGGCGACGCGGAGGCGGAGCAGGCGCGGCGGCACGCUGUCUGCCUGGUCGCUGCGUUCGCGCACACGAUGAAGUUCCACCUGACCGUCGACGGCCUCGCCUUCAACGACACGUGGCAGCGGUCCGGCUCGAGCGAGACGCUGUCCAAGGAGGCGCUGGCGUCCGAGUACCGAGCGGCUCUUGAGCAGGAGAUCCUCGUGAUCCACGAGCUCGGCAAGCUCUCGCGCUCCUCCGCCCUCGGCCUGGAGCCGGUCGCCGCCGCGCAGAUCGACGACCGGCUGAUGAGGCUCUCGGACAUCCUCGGCGGCUGCGAGCGGCUGAUGCGGACCCCAAUGUACAGCGGCUCCACCACGCACACCUCGCGCUUCCUGUACGUGUGGUGCGCCUCGCUCCCGCUCGUCAUGUACCCCGUCGUCGGGCCGUGGGGCACCGUGCCGGUGUGCGCGAUGAUGACGACGUCGGCGUCCGGACGGAGAUGCCGUUCGACCUGCUGCCGCUGUGGCUGUACGUCGACGCGAUCGAGGCGAGUUGUGACCAGAUACGCAACCACCGCAAGAGCUUCCUCGCGUGAGCUGCGCAGCUGGCCCUUAGUAAUGCAUGUACAGUCGGGUGCCGCAGCAUGGAGACCCCACAAGCGUACUUGUCGGCAGCCUCGUGAAGGCUCUCGGGGUGUACCAUACAGAGAGAGAACAGUGAUCUCAGUGGAAUAGUGCCUGUCUGUGGCGCACGUACGGUGGAGUCGGACCGGCGCGGUCUUGUGUGCUCUACUAACAGUACUAACCGUACACUAAUCACUAUAAGAGAGAGCAUACGAGAUACGUGUGAGGUGUGUGCGCUUUGGUAGCCCGGCUUUCAACUUUCAAGUUUCA